AUGUCGGGUCGGAGCAGAGGGAGACAAAAUCCCAAUCAAGAUGCAGACGAGGAACGGCGACUAUGGAAGGAAGUGAAAGACAAGGCCAAGGACGUCGACACUAUGGUUGCAAGAUCGAAUGAGAUUGGUCGAGAGAUCAUCGAGGUUGAAGAACAGCAAGACGCAAUCAUCAAGUCGGGCAAACUCAGCGAUGCAACGCUGGAUGAGCGACUGGAUCAACUCUACCGCGAAAAUGUAAAACUGUCCGAGGAUGUGACCGGGCUGAUUGAAGGCAAAUCCAACGAGAUGAACCUGCUCGAUAGUAUCAGCGUUUUGGCUGGUCUGAGAGAGGCCUCGGAGGAUUCUGCGGCACAAUUGCAAGCUAGCCAAGGGCAUCGAGCAGCGAGCGGCAAACUGUCGCGAGGUCCCAAAAAGACUGGAAGCAAGAACAAUUCCGCAGUGGCAGCCACGACAGAAGACGUUGAGAAGACCCCUGCAGCACCCUCUCCCAGAAUCAUCCUAGGCGGACCUGGCAGUCGACUGAAUGCCAAGGAGAAAUCUUCACGUUCUGGGAGUAUCGCAACUACCCGCGAAACCUCUGUUAAGAUCGAGGAUGGAGCCGAGUCAGUUGCCAGUAGCGCGGACGGUGUGUCAACGACCGGCGCCAAUAAGGGAUCUGCCUCCAACAACCGUCCUUCCAAUCGUUUGGUGCUUCAAGAAGGAGAGAUUGUGUUCUGUCGACACGAUCCCAAGACGAUUGAUACCAUGGAGGGCGAGGGCAUACUCUGUAGAGUCACGGCUGUAAUUGGCGAAGGGAAACAACGACGCUACGAGGUUCAGGAUGCUGAUACCCAAGGAGAUCCUCCGCCUCCUCAGCGCGCGUCCGUUGCACAACUCAUGCAGAUCCCGCACACCAACAAAGGUCUGAGCGAUCUUUCCAAAGGCAAGCAGGUACUUGCGCAAUAUCCUGAUACCACUACAUUCUACAAAGCAGAGGUCAAUGAGCCGUGGAGGUCGAAAGUCCUUGCUGCUGGCGAGAAGGGAGAGCUUGUUCGCCUGAAUUUUCAGGAAGACGAGGAACCGCGAGAAGUCGAGCGGAGAUUUGUCUUGACAGAGAAGUGA